AUGCCCCGAAAAUGUGAAAUUAAGUUAUGUACGUUUAAUUCAUCCGCCUUAUGUAGUCAUUGUAACAAGAAUCUUUGUACUCGACAUUUAACUGAACAUACUCAUGUCAUCAAUAAUGACCAUCGUUCUUUAGUUGAGCAAGUAAAUCAAUUAUUCAACAAAAUAAAUCGUUUAACACCUGCUCAUCUAACUGCGAAACCAUUUCAACAACUCGACGAGUGGCGUAAUAACAGUCAUCAACUAAUCGAUAGCUUUUAUCAGGGACAACGACAAGAAAUUGAUGAUAUUAUUCAGCAAAACUUUGCUAAAAUUAAAAAUGAACUAGCGAAAACUGUCAAUGAUUUGAAAAACAACGUAGAAGAACGAAUUCGAGAAGGUGAUCAACUUCAACACAUUAAAGAAAUAGUACAAAAUGUAGAAAGAGAUAUUUUCGAAUUGCAGACAAAACUUAUUAACGUAGAGAUAGAGCCAUUAACUAUUCACGCAGAGCCGAUUCAAAUACCGUCCAUUAUAAAGUCUAAUACAACGAUUGAUUUGGUGGACUUGAAAACGCCAAUAAAAGCCUUAAUCUUUUCACCUGGUUUUUCUGUUGCAUUAGCUGCCAACAAUGAUCACUUGUUAACAUGUUACGAUUCAAAGUUACAUUUAUAUAAGGAUGAUUUAAAAUUAAUCCAAAAGAUAGACUGGAAAUUUGGUAAAAUAAUGGAUAUGUGUUAUCAUACGAAGCUCAACAGAUUCAUUAUUUUAACUUCAAAAAAUGUGUUUACUCUUAAUAUAUCAAGAAUGACAUUGAAUAGUAUUGAAACGAUCAAGAUAGAAAACAUGUUUUGUAUCAGUUGUAAUGAUACAAGCCUUUUUGUAUCUAGUCGUAAUUAUGGUACAACCAUCAGCGAAUAUGGUAUGUUACCAACAUCAUUUCAUUUAACUAAACGGUGGGAACCAUCUCAAACAUGUUCAGCAGACGAAUUCGUCAAUAAUAUUCGCUGUAAUACUGUCGAUCAAUUGGUUUUAACAAUUUGGAAUGAUUUAAGAAAAGAAUGGCGUCUUGAUCUAAAAGAUAUUAGAACAUUCAAAACAAUAUGGUCUUUGGAUUUGAAUAUGCCAUUGACACAAUAUCGAUGUGGUUUGUGUAUGCUACCAAACAACGAUUGUCUUGUUGUAGGCAAUGCUAGUUCCAGUCUAUAUCAAAUAUCAUCACAAGGAAAACUAAGAACAAUAAUUUACUAUAAACGAAAACCACUGAAUGCCACUAUGGUUGGUCGAAAUUUGAUUGCUAUUAUUACACACAACGGUCUUAAUAUGCAUGACAUGUAA